AUUUGUAAAAUGUAAAUGAAGCGCUGCGCCCCAAAUCCAAUGCUCCUUUUCCGCCCCAAUUAACUCUUAGCCGAAUUCAAUGGAGCCAUGGUCCGACGACUUAGCCGACGACCUCCAAAGCCUCAGCUUCAAUUCCACCAGCUCCGGCUCCGACUGGUCCUCCCACUUCCCCCCUCUCUCCCUCACCGAUCUCCGCUUCCUCCACCGCCUCGGCUCCGGCGACAUCGGCUCCGUCUACCUCGCCCAACUCAAACCUCCGAAACCAACACCGCCGCCGCAGCUAUUUGCGGCCAAGGUGAUGGACAGGAAGGAGCUGGCCAGCCGCAACAAGGAAGGAAGGGCCAAAACGGAGAAGGAAAUCCUUCAAAUAUUGGAUCACCCGUUUCUUCCCAAGCUCCACGCCGCCCUCGACACGCCCAAAUGGUCCUGCCUGCUCACCGAGUUCUGCCCCGGCGGCGAUCUCCACGUCCUCCGCCAGCGCCAGCCCUGCAAGCGCUUCCCGGAAUCCGCCGUCCGGUUCUAUGCGUCUGAGGUUGUGGUUGCGUUGGAAUACUUGCACAUGAUGGGGAUCGUGUACCGCGAUCUGAAGCCUGAAAACGUGUUGGUCCGAUCCGACGGCCAUAUAAUGCUGACGGACUUUGACCUGUCGCUAAUGUGCGACGACUCGACCUCGACUCCAGCCCAGGUGAUCCCGGCCCAGAGUCAACUUCCGACCACGCACCCGCCCCCACAGGGCGACCACGCGCUCGACCGGCCGGCUUUCGGCUCGACCUCGUGCAUCCUCCCGAACUGCAUCGUCCCGUCCAUGUCGUGCUUCCACAACAAGCGCAGACGGAAAAAAAAGGCCGGGAGCCAGGCGGGCCCGGCCUUCGUGGCCGAGCCGAUCGACGUCCGGUCGAUGUCGUUCGUCGGGACCCACGAGUACCUGGCCCCGGAGAUAGUCUCCGGGGAGGGGCACGGGAGCGCGGUCGACUGGUGGACCCUAGGGAUUUUCGUGUUCGAGCUAUUCUACGGAGUGACGCCUUUUCGCGGGAUGGACCACGAGAUAACCCUAGCGAAUAUCGUGGCGCGGGCGCUCGAGUUCCCUAAGGAGCCGGCCGUGCCGGGCCCGGCCAAGGACUUGAUCGCGCAGCUGCUGGCGAAGGAUCCGGCGCGGCGGAUGGGUUCGACGAUGGGCGCGUCGGCGAUCAAGCACCAUCCGUUUUUCCAAGGAGUGAAUUGGGCGUUGCUGAGAUGCAAUCGCCCACCGUUCGUUCCACCUCCGUUUAGUCGAGAUGUUUUGUCGGAUGAGAGCUGUCCUGAUACACCUGUGGACUAUUAUUAAUUAGUAUGUUAGAAAAUGUUGAAAUAUGCAAAAGAGUUUAUUAAACUUAUAUGUAAAUAAUGUUCAAUUUUUUUUAUAUCUUAGUUUAACUAUUGUUGGCA